AUGGCAUCGGUUGUUACGUCUGAGGCCCUUGGGGGAAAGCAUCCCCUGGCAAUCCUAUUACAUGCUUCUCCACAACAGCAGUUAUUGUUUGUCUUACUUGGACUAGCCACCUAUCUGUCGUUGGUAUCUUCACUGCGCUUUCAGCGACGACGAUCCCUACACAAGAAAUACAGCUACUAUGCAACCAGGGAAUCUAUGGGAAAGAUGACCGAUCAAGAUGCUUGGGCCAUCCAAAAGACCAUCAUGCAAACCGAAUUUCCUUUCAUAGUUCUGAAGUCGCUACAGUUUGCCCUCUUUCGCACAUAUGGCAUCCCAAGUAUAUCCACCCUGCUCUUGAAAACAUCUCAGUUCUCGGACUCAUCAACUUCAUUUAAACGGUACGCCGACACAGGUACCUUAAUCGGUGAGUUCAUGGCCUUCGAUCCGAGCUCUGACCGAGCACAAACUGCAAUCGCACGAACAAAAUUCUUGCAUAAGGGCUACCGAGCUAGCGGAAAGAUCCUCGAAGCUGACAUGCUCUAUACACUGAGCCUGUUUGCCAUCGAGCCAAUCCGGUUUGUGAAACUGUUCGAGUGGCGUGAGAUGACUGAGAUGGAACGAUGCGCCGUGGGAACAUACUGGAAGAGUCUUGGUGAUGCAUUAGGCAUUAGCUAUGAUGCCUUGCCAUCCGGAAAGACCGGCUUUGAAGAUGGAUUACAAUGGUUGGAGGAGAUCGGUACAUGGAGUCAUGAAUACGAGAUCCAGCACAUGAAACCGCAUCUUCGCAAUAAGGAGAUCGCAGAUAAAACGAUCGAUGUUAUCGUGUAUAAUUUGCCCAGGUUUAUGAAGCCUCUGGGUCUAUACUUCGUAUCAUAUCUUAUGGAUGAUCGUUUGCGGAGCGCAAUGCUGAUGCAAUCACCGCCACCAAUCUUCAAGCAUAUAUUUGCCUCCAUGUUCAAGCUGCGCAAGAUAUACCUUCGAUACUUGGCCCUUCCACGACCGAACUUCAUGCGCCUGGACGUUUUCACCGAGAAACCAAACAAGUACGGUCGCAACUGGGUGAUUAUAUAUGAAGGCGCGCCAUUCUAUGUGCAGCCGACUGUUUGGAAUCGCUGGGGACCGGUGGCAUGGUUAAAGUGGGCACUCGGGCAGCCUUUGCCUGGAGAUGAGGGUGACAAGUAUUACCCGCAAGGGUAUUAUACCCCUGACCUGGGACCGAAGUAUUUCGAAGGUAAAGGGCGCAAGGAAUUGGAAGUCAUCAGGGAGACACUUCAUCGGGAGCGAAAGGGGCAGUGUCCAUUCCCUUGA